AUGAACGAGAUAUGUGUGAAACUUGUUGACCGUUAUAGUGAAUGGAAAACUAUACAUGAGAAUUUCAUCGUCCCUGAAAUCAGAAUUGCGGAAUUCUCAAAAUUGGGACUGGUUCAGUUUAUGAAUGAUGAGGGAGAAACUGAUCGAGGACGGUUUGUUUUGUCCUUACGUAUGGAUUUGGAUAAUGGUGAACAAGUCAGUUGA